AUGUCUACAAAACGAAACCUAUCUCUUGGGGUAGAGGAUCGACGAAAGAUCAAACACGGGAAGACUGACCCAGCACAACCCAGCACAAGACCCACCAAGCAACUUCUGCCAGCUUCUAUACUACAGCCAGGAGAUAAUGGCCCGACGAUAGGCAAUGCUAGCCAAGAGUCAGGCAGAAAUGUCAUAAUCAUGAAGAAUAACCUUGGCGAGAAUAUGGAGAUGAGCCUAGACUUUGGUCCGAUGAGAAAGGGGCCACCUUCGACGGAUGAUGAAGAGUCAGAGGAGGAGUCCGAGGAGAAUUCAGAGAAGAAACCAGAGGACGUUUCCCAAAAAGAUGCCACCAUUACAAAGAAAGCUGUAAAGAGAAUCCGUUACUCACAGAUGAAGGGCAGCGACUUUCUCAGCAAGGGAGUUAUUCAUCCAAAGGAAGAGGAAGUCAAACCAAAAUUCACUGCUACUCAGACAAAAGAAACGGCUACUCCAAAGAAAUUCGGCCGCCGUAAGGGGGGUGAUUUUGUGAAGAAGACACUGCGCCCUUGA